CAUCUCUCCACUUCAAAGCUCCUUUCCGGUAUUCUUCGACGAUCUUCAUUUAUGAAAAAGUCAUCAACAGGCCGCUGCUACGAGCAAAGAAAAGGCGUAUCUAGCGACUAGCGACUCUAAAUUAUAUUUAUCUCUGUCUAGCAGGACCCAUCAACUACACAAUGGCUCUCCUAGCAAACGCACAGCUCCCUACUCCCUCGCUCCCAUCCGACACGAGCAAAUGGAUGCGCGUCGCAUGCGAGCAAGCGGGGUUGGCCAAAUUAGCAGGUGAAGUUCCCGUUGGGUGCGUAUUUGUUUCCGACAAGGAUGGCGAUGUUGCUAGUGAAGAUGGCGAUAGAAGUACGAUGAAUAGAGUCCUUGCCAAGGCCUCAAAUCGAACGAAUUGCGAACAUAAUGGUACGAGGCAUUGUGAGAUGAUUUGCAUCGACGAAAUAUGGGAUGGGAUUCAUGGAGCGAAGAGGAUACAGAGUACGUCUUCAUCUUCUUCUGGCAGCACGAUGAACGCGUACGCGAAGAAAAAACAUCAAAUAGAAGGUCGUAAUGGAGAAGAAGAACCUGAACGAGAUGAAGCGGUCUGUCAACUAGCACCAGCCGACGCCUUCAAACAGAGGAUGCAAUCCUGUACACUCUACGUGACAGUUGAACCGUGUAUCAUGUGCGCAGCGGCUCUGCAAUUGUGUGGGCUGAAAAGGGUGGUUUUCGGGUGUCGGAAUCCCAGGUUUGGUGGCUGUGGUGGUGUUUGUCACGUUCACGAGAUCCAGGCUGGUCCUCGUGACGAGGCAAGUACAUCGUUGAAGCGACCACGAUCUUCUUCUCAAGGGGAAGAACAGAAUCAAGAAGCGGAAGAAUCCUCCUCCUCGACGGCCCUAUCCGCCCUCACGACGACUUCAACCACGACGACCACAGGUGGAACCUCCACUUCUUCGACCUGCACAGCGGAACCCUUUACCCUUCGUGGCUUUGAAGCAUUGCAGGCAACGGAGUUUGAGGAGGAAGCAAUCACUUUGCUCCGCAGUUUCUAUGAACGUGGGAACCCUAAUGCGCCAGAUGCUAAGAGGCAGAGAAAGAUCGAUCCGGGUGAUCCACGAUUAACAGAAAGCGUCAAUAAGACCAAUAGCGACGAUAAGACAAAUGCUCAGCAGGACGUGUGAUCAUACUUAAACAUCUUCAUUAUUUCCCACAACCACCUCAUUUAUAGUAUUCCCUUUCUACCGGUUCCAAUAUGAAUCUCUGCUUGAUGAGAGUCAUCACCUGCUGGAAG